UGACGCUUCGGCGUUUCCCAUCGCGCCGUGAAUUUGCUUUUACCUCAUCUUCCAAAAAGUGUAUGAAAAUCUUGGUGCCGUUGAUAAGUCAACGUUGGUGACGAUACACCUAUGAAUUAGCUCCGAGAAAUCUUGUUCUCGCAAGCGCCACCGACUCUGUUCUUCUUGAGUGAAAGAUGGCUUUACCACAAAAUUACAAGCAGGUUGCAAUAGCAUCAUCCAAUGUUAUAGCCACAAAUCGAUAUGGUAAAAGACUGUUGCAAAAUUUUUUAACAGAAAGGUUACGGGCCUCUGGUACCAGUGGCGGUUCCAAUACAGGGAAAGAUGCACAGACUCCGUUUAUUCAGACCCCACAUGGUCAUCCUGGUUUCACACCACAGAAACUUGGAAAGAGUGCGCCGGCAGAUUCAAGAUUGCCUAAGCCACCAAAACCACCAGAAAAACCAUUGAUGCCAUACAUGAGAUACAGCAGGAAAGUAUGGGACCAAGUUAAAGCCCAGAAUCCAGAAUUAAAAUUGUGGGAAAUAGGCAAGAUCAUAGGACAAAUGUGGAGAGAUCUCCCAGAAGAUGAAAAAACUGAAUUUAUUGAGGAAUACGAAGCAGAAAAAGUUGAAUAUGAUAAGAGUCUGAAGACUUAUCACAAUUCGCCGGCAUACCUUGCAUAUAUUGCAGCAAAGAAUCGUGGCAAAUCAGCAUUCUGUUCAGCUCAACAAAGCAAUGAUGAUCGAGAAACUCAUGAACGCUCUUCAAGCAGCAGCAAAAGCCAGGCAGCCCAAGAUCGAAGAAUAGACAUUCAGCCAGCUGAAGAUGAUGAAGAUCAAGAUGAUGGAUAUUCAGUAAAACACGUUGCAUAUUCCCGAUAUACCCGCAAUCACAGACUGAUUAAUGAAAUCUUUAGCGACACUGUGGUACCUGACGUUCGUUCGGUAGUUACUACACAGAGAAUGCAAGUCCUGCGGCGUCAAGUACAGUCUCUCACUAUGCACCAGAAAAAAUUGGAAGCAGAGUUGCAACAAAUCGAAGAAAAGUUCGAAGCUAAGAAACGUAAAUUUAUCGAAGCUAGUGAAGUGUUCCAAGAUGAAUUAAAGAAGCAUUGUAAGCCAGCAGUGGACGAAGAUGCAUUCAAUAAAAUGGUGGAACGCCAGUAUGAAUCGCUACGAAGAGACAGGCAGAAGGGCACAGAAGAAAAUCGAUCUGAUGGCCCGGCAUCAAGUGAGUCUACGCCUACCUCCACACCAACGCCAACUCCAGCACCAGUCAAUGAGGAAGCUCAACCAGAGGAAUAUGAAUUUUUAAAGAUUGCAGAAAAUGAUACAACAGAUAAAAAGCAUAUGGACGUUGAUAAGCCAAUCGAUACUAAAAAGGAAACACUUUCGCCCCCGUAUGCAGAACCUAAGUCUGAAACUCCUAUACAGAACAAUGUUCAGGCAACAUCACCUGUGACAUAUCCAGCUGUGGUGAGCCCGGUUCAUCAACCGACUGUUACCAGUGCCACAAACUUACCACCAGCGCAGCCUUCUACCCCACCAAGCGUUUCGACUCCUCCUUCAGUAACAGUUCAACCGCAACAACCACCAGCACCACCAUCACCGAUUCCGCAACAAUCGCAACAGCAGCAGGUCUCGCAGCAACAACAACAUGCACCACCUAACCAACCACAUCCGGUACCUAACCAACAUCCACUUUCCAACCUUCCACAACACCUACCUCCUAUUCAACAACACCCGCCACCCAAUCUACAACAUCCAGCACCCAGCCAACAACAUGUACCACCCAGCCAGCAACAACAUGUACCACCCAGCCAGCAACAACAUGUACCACCCAGCCAGCAACAACAUGUACCACCCAGCCAGCAACAACAUGUACCACCCAGUCAGCAACAGCAUGGACCACCCAGCCAGCAACAGCUUGGACCCUCCAGUCAGCAACAGCUUGGACCCCCCGGUCAGCAACAUGUACCGCCUAGCCAACAACAGCAUGUACCGCCUAGCCAACAACAGCAUGGACCGCCAGGACAACAACAGCAUGGACCGCCAGGACAACAACAGCAUGGACCGCCAGGACAACAGCAUGGACCGCCUAGCCAACAACAGCAUGGACCGCCAGGACAACAACAGCAUGGACCGCCAGUCCAACAACAGCAUGGACCGCCAGGACAACAACAGCAUGGACCACCAGGACAACAACAGCAUGGACCGCCAGGACAACAACAGCAUGGACCGCCAGGACAACAACAGCAUGGACCGCCAGCACAACAACAGCAUGGACCGCCAGUCCAACAACAGCAUGGACCGCCAGUCCAACAACAGCAUGGACCGCCAGGACAACAACAGCAUGGACCACCUAGCCAACAGCAUCCACCUUCGAGCCAACAACAUCCACCACCCAGCCAACAACAGCAUGCACCACCCAGCCAACAACAGCAUCCACCAUCGAGUCAACAACAUGGGCCACCCAGCCAACAACAUGGACCUUCCAGUCAACAACAUGGGCCACCCAGCCAACAACAUGGACCUUCCAGUCAACAACAUGGGCCACCCAGCCAACAACAUGGACCUCCCAGUCAACAACAUGGACCGCCCAGCCAACAACAGCAUGGACCGCCAGUCCAACAACAACAUGGACCGCCAGGACAACAACAGCAUGGACCGCCAGUCCAACAACAUGGGCCGCUCAAUCAACAACAUGGAUCACCCAGCCAACAACACGCAGCACCGCCUACUCAACAACCGGCACCACCACCGCAGCAACAACUACCACCACAGCAACAACAAUUACAAUCACAGGCUCAACAAUCGCAGCCACAACCGCCGCCGCCUUCGCAUACUCCCCAUCAGCAGAACAUUCAUCCGAAUCACUCAAUGCCUCCUCAUCAGAAUCACACUCUAUCGUCUCAAGGAGCAUCACCACACAAUCCAAAUAUGCCUCCACAAACUAUUUCCUCUCAAAAUGCAAUGCCUCCUAAUCCCCAUGCAAACUCCAUGAUGCCUACCAGCCAGAAUUAUAAUCAACAGUACCAACCUGCUGGUGGCCAGCCAGCUCAGAAUGUUCCAUUAGCUCCAAGACCUCCUCAUCCAUCUUAUGGCUAUUCUCAACAACAACCUUAUCACCAGCCAUAUCCUCAAUAUCCACAUCCUUAUUAUCAAUCAUAUUCUCAAUAUCCUCCCCAUUCUAUGGGACGACCUCACUCUCAUGGUCCACACAGUCCACAUAGCCCCCACUAUCAUCCUCAAUCCCCACAUAACGUUGGUGAUGCUAACUCUGGACCAAAUGUUGGUUCAGAGUCUAGUACUCCCUAUUCGUCUGCUCCUACUCAUAGUGACAGGGAUAGACCCUCUGAAAAUCAAACCGAGAAUCAGUCGAUUGAAUCUAAAUCUGGGUCAGGAUAAACUGGUAGUGAGACAAACUGCAUUUUUUUUAUUUGUAUGGAAAUUUGGUCUCUAGAAACUUGUGUAUUUUGAAACAACGUUUCAGAGUUAUUGAGACCCUUAGAUUACUAUGCACUGCUUUUUUGAAAACAAAUAAUUAAGUUGAGCUUUAUCCCGCUAAAUGAAGUUGACAGAAUUUCAUAAUUAUAGCUUGACAUUUCAUAGUUGUAAAAUGCCAACACUGUAAUAAGAUCCAAACAUUCAGCAAAAAUUUUAAAGGCUAACAAUUUCUCUAUACUGUAAUGUAGUCGCAGUGCUAAUAAAGACUUACGUGGUGGAAAUGAA